AUGUCUUAUCCAUAUAUUUUAUCGUCUAAGAUCACUUCAGAAAUAUUCUUAAAUAAUAUCAUUGAAAAUAGAGUAAUAUUUUUGAAGAAAAAUUUUAAACAUUUUUUCCCAAAAUCACUUGUGUGUGGCUGUAUGGAUGAGGGUGAACUUCAAGCAUAUGAAGAAGGCUCGUUCGGAUCCAUGUCGGACGACUUGGAAGAUGAUUCUGCUGCAGAAGACGAACUAGAUUAUUAUGAAUCAGGAGAUAGAGAAUCUAGCUACGAUGAUGAAGAUACUCCAGUACCUACAACAGAACCAGUGGAGAUUUGCUUAUUGUACUCGGAUUCCGAGUAA